AUGCCUUCUCUCAUUGCACCUUCGCCUGUCUCUCGCUACAGCAGGCCGUCCGACUCGCAGGCGGCCGCUGAUGCCAUUCCCAUCCUAGUCGACGAUACCUACCAUCUCUUCCAUCUGGCCACCCCCCACAACACCAUCCACCACCCGCCGAGGCUCCGCUCCUCAUGGCACCACCUGCGCUCCAAAGACCUGGUCGCCUGGGUCCGCGACGAACAGCCUGCCCUCCAUCCCGGCAAGACCGCAGAUGCUCCCGACGCCGACGGCGCCUGGACCGGCUCCGCCGUCGAGGGCCCUGACGCCAACAUGCACAUCUUCUACACCGGCUACAACCUCGAGCACGGCGGCAAGCAGGUCAUCCUGCAUGCCACGUCCUCUGACAAGCACGGCUCUACUUUUGCCCAGCCCCUCACUCCCAUCACCAUAACUUCGCCCUCCACCGCCACCCUCUUCGAAGACAUCGACUUCAGAGACCCCUACGUCUUCUUCAACUCGGCCGAGAACCGUUAUUGGAUGCUCGUCGCCACCCGCCUCGCCGACGGGCCCUAUUGGACUCGUGGCUGCAUAGCUCUUCUCACCUCCGACGACCUCGACCACUGGACUGCCGAGCCCGAGCCCCUCUACGCACCCAACGACCUCUUCUGCCCAGAGUGUCCCGAGCUCUUCUCCCUUCCCAACGGCAACUGGUACUUGGUCUACUCGAGGUUCUCGUCGCCCAAUGCUGGGACCGUGUACAAAGUCGCCUCCUCCCCGCGAGGUCCCUUCCGCACCCCCCGCGCCGCUUCGGGCGGCAGGCUUGAUGCCCGGCGCUGGUACGCCGCCAAGUCAUGCCCCAAGGCCGGCGAUCCUUCAAAGCGUGUCUACUUUGGAUGGAUCGCCGACCGCUACCACGGCGACGGGAAGUGGCUGUGGGGUGGAGACAUGGGCACCCCGAGGGAGGUCUCUGCAAACGCCGAUGGGGCCCUCGUGCUUGAACCGAGCCGGGAAGCUCUCCACGCCGCCUUCGAGACGGCCACCGAACUGAGUGCCGACAGCUUGCCACCUGUUCUGGAUCUCAUCUCCACUGGAAAAACAUCAGCACACUUCCUUCCCAUGCGCCACACAGCUGACCCAGUCGACUACCUGUUCCAGUUUACCAUUGCCUCACACGACGCCACCUCCUUUGGGCUUCUGCUCCGUGCCAACGAAGACAUGAAGGGCCACCGCUUGCGUUUUGAGCCGACUGCACCAAAUCGUUUCGACGUCGUCUUACUGUCUGACGAUCCACCCCUCGACGACUUUUGGGCCGACCAGUACAAGCAGUACCUCCCCAGGGAAGUCGACGGCCCCGAGAUUGGCCGCCACAAUGGACUAGUAGUCGAUGGCCCCGUUGUCGUGGUUGUGCAAACCAACGUCCUGGAAAUAUUCGUCGGGGGCAGGUCAAUAAGCUAUCGCCUCCCGAAGCGCUCUCCGUCAGAGACCGGUGAAUUGCAUGCGAAGACAAAUGAUGGGAACGCCUUGCGUCGAGGAACGAAGGCCGCGGCAGAUGCGUGA